GAAAAGAAUUUCAAAAUAUAAUUGCCACUAACCCCUAAAACUUAUAAUUGGUCUUAACUUCCUGUAGCAACACUCAGCCUUUGGGUCUGUGUCUAUCCUCCCAAGCCUGUUAUCCUCCGUUCAUCACUCCUUCCUUCCUUUCUUUCUUUUUUAUAAUUUUUUCAUGCAUCAGUAGAAAGAUCUUUCUCUGGGUUUUACUUUUUGAUGUCAGUCUAAAUUUUUCUGGUGUUUAAUUUUUCUGAAGGUUAGUGUAGGGAAAGACUGAACCAUUUAAUGACAUAUUUUUUGUGACAUCUCCUCAUCUGAAUUUUGAAAUGUAUAUUUGAAGUUUCUCACUUUUUCUCUUUCUAUUCAUUGAAUUUUUAAGCUUCAUAGGUUUACAAGAAUUGACCAUUUCAUAGUUUGAUGCCUGUAUUCCCUUCUUCAUUUGACAAUUUCUUUUUAGCAUCUAUAUACAAAAUCCAGUCUGUCUCUCUUGAUCUAUCAGGAAAAGAGAAGAAAUGUAUGGAGCACAAAGCAAGAGAGACCUAGCUUUAGAAUUACAGGCACAAGUUACUUUAUUGAGACCUAGCAUACAUGCUAGAAGAGCAAACAUCACCGUCAAAUUUCAAGACCUUUAUGGGUUUACAGUAGAGGGCAAUGUUGAUGAUGUUAAUGUCCUAAACGAGGUCAGAGAGAAAGUCAGGGAACAAGGCCGGGUUUGGUGGGCUUUAGAGGCUAGCAAAGGGGCAAACUGGUAUUUGCAGCCGCAGAUUUCUUCCAUAUCUGAAGGAAUUGCCCUUAAAUCAUCACUGAAGUUGUCAAAUUUUGCUAAUGCUAUUACAUUGAAGAAGCUUAUAAGGAGGGGGAUUCCACCUGUGCUUAGACCAAAGGUUUGGUUUUCACUCUCUGGUGCAGCCAAGAAGAAGUCUACGGUGCCUGACAGCUAUUAUAAUGAUUUGACAAAAGCCGUUGAAGGCAAGGUCACUCCUGCUACCAAGCAGAUUGAUCAUGACCUACCAAGAACCUUCCCUGGUCACCCAUGGCUGGAUACUCCUGAGGGUCAUGCUGCUCUACGACGUGUUCUUGUUGGAUACUCUUUCCGUGAUUCUGAUGUUGGCUAUUGUCAGGGCCUGAACUAUGUUGCUGCACUUUUGUUACUUGUGAUGAAAACUGAGGAAGAUGCUUUUUGGAUGCUUGCUGUCCUCCUAGAGAAUGUCUUAGUUAAUGACUGUUAUACAAAUAAUUUAUCAGGUUGCCAUGUUGAACAAAGAGUUUUCAAAGAUUUGCUUGUUAAACAGUGUCCAAGAAUUGCCUCUCAUUUAGAAGCACUGGAGUUUGAUGUAUCCCUUGUAGCCACCGAGUGGUUCUUAUGCCUCUUUUCAAAGAGCUUGCCCUCGGAGACAACUUUACGAGUGUGGGAUGUUCUAUUCUAUGAGGGGGCAAAGGUUCUAUUUCAUGUGGCUUUGGCUAUAUUCAAGAUGAAGGAAGAGGAGUUGCUUCUAACCCAUCAUGUUGGUGAUGUCAUAAACAUUUUGCAAAAAACCACUCAUCAUCUCUUUGAUCCUGAUGAAUUAUUGACGGUUGCAUUUGAUAAGAUUGGGUCAAUGACAACCAACACUAUAUCAAAGCAAAGGAAAAAGCAGGAACCAGCAGUGAUGGCAGAACUUGAUCAAAGAUUGAAACGAUUGAACUCGUUGAGAGUGGAUGACAAAUAACACUUAUCUUGAAAGUUUGAUGAAAACUGAGACCGGCCAAGAAAGGGCCUGUUACCCCUCUGGAGAAGGAGUACAAUCUUAAAUUACCGUAUUGUUUAGCUGUUCUUUUUUUGAAUGUGCAAACAGGGAAGACCCCAUGAGAAGAGACUAUCCAGUCUGUUGUUGUUCCUAAUGGUGUAGGUGGUAAAUGUAAAUUAUGAAUUGAUACAGUAUCUAUACAGUCGACAUACAUUUCAAUUUAGGGCAUUCCUGGAUUAUUCUUGCCCAUAAAGUUUGAGCUUUUAGAUUGUGAAA